GACGGAGCGGCGGCGGCAACGGCGGCAACGGCUAUGGACCUGGAUGCGGAGUGGACGGAGCGCGAGUUCCAGCAGAUGGUGAAGGCUAUCGGCGGCAGGGAGAGCAUCUUCCUGAUCGGGGAGGUGUGCGACAGCAGGGACUUGAUGUUCCAGUUUGUCAAUACCAUGUUCCCGCGACAUGGGAAAGUUUGCAGCAGAGUAGCGGAGCCGCGCUGCGAGGAGCCCAAGUCCGAGUGUGGGCUCGAACGUGAGAGUGAAAACUUACUCGACCCCUCCGCGAAAGUGACACAGAUUGUUAACGGGAACAAGGAGCAGAGAAUGAUCAACGCCAGGUUAAUUAUCUUCCUCUUCCACCAAGACUUUAUCUGUGACAAGCUGAACGACCUGGUGAUCCGAGAGCUGCUGAAGGACGUGCGGUUGCGGUGCGGUUCAUGGAAGGAGCUGCCCGCACUCAUUGGGGUGGUGCACGCCGACUCUGCCAGCGGACAGCUCGGCAUCGCCGUCCGCCUCGUCGAGUAUUACCUGCGGACUAUCUUCCACCGGCACCCCGGCGAGUGUGUGCAGGCACUGCCCUUCAUCUCCAACCAGUCCGACUCUAUGCUGGAGCUGAAAAAGACCACCUGUGUUGUUCUCCGAGCUGUGUCGGGCGUCACAGAAGAUGUAAAGAAAAGAAGACAGACGUGUUUUCCUGAAUUUUUUUGCUUCUUGGGGAAUACCAGAAGACGUAGAGAAGACAGGGAUGUCGAUAACAUCCGGAAUAGUAUAGAAAAAGAAGGAAUAUCGAAGGAUGCUGAGAAAGAUUUUGCUUCACAACAAUUGACAGUGGGGUCACACAUGGCUGAUGUUUGUAAAAGUGACCUGCAGAUCAACUCCAAUGGAAAUAAUGAACUGAAUAUAGAAACUGAAGUUUAAAUCACUUUUUCUACGCAUUUAUUACAAAGUGAUAGAACCUUCUGAGAAAAGCAAAUUAAAUAGUUGUUUUUCCAUUUCCAUGAGGUUUUUUCAUUGUACUAGUUGGGAAGAGUUGGUAUUCCAGAACAAUGUGAAAAAAUAUUAUGAAUAUUCAGAUCACGCAUUUAAAUAACAUAAUAUUUGCAUUCAAUUUUUAGAUUUUUAAUUCACUAUAAUCCAAUGACAAAAACAUAGGUGAAGAACCUAAUGAUAAUCUACCCAACAGCCAUUGGAAUUAACACUUGUUGACAAUGAUAAAACUACAUCUUAAUGCCUGGAAGGUGCUGGCCAGGUAAAUGAAAAUAUUCAAAAUUGGAAAAGGUCUGCCAGGAACUAUUUCUAAUCUAUCUUUUUUCACUCAUCGCAUUUCUGGCAAUAAUAAUUCACCCGAGUUAAAAAUCUAUCCAUAAAGACCACAAGUAUAUUUUGCAUACCAAUAAAGCUAACAUUUUUGAUACACUAUUUUAAAAAGACACGUUUAGUGUGCAUCAGCAAACUUCUACUAACUAGUCUGCUGUUGAUGUAAAUUUUUAUAUGAAGUUAAUUUAUUCCUGUAAUUAGUUUAUUCACGAAAAACAAAAUAUUGUGUCUUUUUAUAAUAAUUUAAUAGAAAAGGGUUGAGAAAAUGCUGAAUUAUUUGUUGUAAAGAUGACGCACAUCAUUAAGAUUAACAAUUUGAUAAUUGCUAAACUAAUAUAAAAUUACAGUUGGAAUUUUGGAGUCACGCAAUUUGAUUUGUGAACGAAACAGAAAUUGUUUCCUUUGAAUUUUAAUUAAGGGUGCAAAUUAAUCAAAGAUUUUUUGUAAUUAUCUUUGUGCUACUAGAGACGCAUAGAGCACCUAUUUUAACUUUUGUCAGAGAAGAUUACAUGUUGCUAUUGCCAUAAGAUCCAUUUAUAUGAAGUGAAAGAGAAUGUCCCAUUGAUAAUACCUGGAUGGGCAAAUAUAAAUGUUGUAUGAAUAGUGAGGUAACUAUGCAAGCGGUCUCCUGUAAUCAGUGGUAUAAUCUAGCAUUGGGCUAAUGUUAAAGCACCAUUCUACAGUACAAUAGGGAAUGAGAUACAAACAUCAUGCAGCGGUCUGCUUCCACAACAUUGUCGGCUACUCCGAGUAUAAAAUGUGGGCCACAUGUGGGAGAAUGAUAUUUGGAAGAAAAUCACUACCAGCUGAGAUGAAGUGCUACUAGUAUUUAUUUUUGGGACCAAAUGUUUGAAAUAAUGGUCUGUUCAAUGGGGUUGUUACAUGUUUGCGUACACAAGUUUACAAAAUACAGUCAGCAGCUGAUUAUCUACCAAUAUAUGCCUAUUGCAUUUAUUAUUGCCGACACGUUACCAGUCUGGACUAAAAUAGUUGAACUAAAGUUAACUCCAAAAGUCUAUUUACUUCUUGUCCUUUGGUAAAUUUAGAUUGUGCAUCUUAGUCUUGGCCACUCCCUUCAUAUCUUUGCAGCUUAGGCAAUACGGUUUAGGUAAAAUAAAUCAAUAAAGGAUUGGGUCAUUUUCAAUUGUUUCAGAAUCGAAUGGUGUAGAAAAACCUAGGCAAUUUAAUAUUGAUGCCAAAAUAUUGGAAGUUAAUUUAUAACUCCCAAUAAGUGUAGCCAUUAAUAAACCGAGCCCAGUAAAUUAAGCCACGAUGGUCCUUUUUCUCCGUGAUUUACGGGGAUGAUUUAUGUUGAAUGGGUGAAAUUGAAUUUUGCUUUUACAUGCAAAAGAAAAUGACAUAUGCACUUCUUCAAUCCAGCUAUUGGUCUUGAAUUUCUACAUAAUGCAUUAUUUGUCUGAAAACAAAUUUAUAAUAGGAAUAUAAAUGGUUUACAUUAUUCAAAUAUAAAACAAAACUGUACUUCAGGCUGGAUUAGUUUAAUGUUUUUAAAAUAUCUCAUCUUUUACUCAAUGAUGCUGUGUAUUGGAAAAGAAUACAUUUCAGAAAUUAAAUCUAUCCAUUUGUUGUAAUGAUGUGUAGAUUUGAAUCAUUAAAUAAAUAAGCUGUGGACAAUA